AUUGUAUUGACAAUUUUGUAGCCAAGUGCCUGCAGGCUCAGCACAAUAAAACAAAAUGGCAGGUUUUAUUUUGGCAACUUCAGCAUAUAGAAUUGCCAAUUGCAAAAAUCUUGUAGAUUGAUUAAUUAUUAUGUGUGUAGAGGAACAACAGAACUCCAUUGUUCAAUGCUGUUAGGAGUGGUAAUAUUGGAGCUGUUUACAUUCUAUUAACUAAUGGAGCCAGAGCUGAUAUUGUGUAUAAAGAUGGUGAAACUUUACUGCAUUAUGCUAGUGAAUCUGGUAAAGUUGAAAUGCUCGAGUUAUUUAUUAGGAGAGGAGAUUAUGAUGUUAAUGUUAGUGACAAGCGGAAGAGAACACCAUUGUUUAAUGCUGUUAAGAGUGGUAGCAUUGAAGCUGUUGAUAUUCUAUUAACUAAUGGAGCUAAAACUGACGUUGUAUCAAAUGAUGGUGUAACUCUACUGCAUUGUGCUGGUGAAUCUGGUAAAGUUGAAAUGCUUGAGUUUUGGAUUAGGAGAGGAGAUUAUGAUGUGAAUGUUAAAGAUAAAAACAACAGAACUCCAUUGUUUAAUGCUGUUACUAGUGGUAGUGUUGAAGCUGUUGAAAUUCUAUUAGAUAAUGGUGCUAAUACUGAUGUUGUGGAUAAAGAUAGUAAAAGUCUACUACAUUAUGCUGGUGAAUCUGGUGAAAUUGAAAUGCUUGAGUUUUGGAUUAGAAGAGAAGAUUAUGAUCUGAAUGUUAAAGAUAAAAGGAACAGAACUCCAUUGUUUAAUGCUGUUAAUAGUGGUAGCAUUGAAGCUGUUGAUAUUUUAUUAACUAAAGGAGCUAGAAGUGAUGUUGUGUCUAAAGAUGGUGAAACUCUGCUCCAUUGUGCUGCUAAAUCUGGUAAAGUUGAAAUGCUUAAGUUUUGGAUUAAGAGAGGAGAUUAUGAUAUAAAUGUUAAAGAUAAAAGGAAGAGAACUCCAUUGUUUAAUGCUGUUAAGAAAGGCAGCAUUGAAGCUGUUGAUAUUCUAUUGACUAAUAGAGCUAGAACUGAUGUUGUAGAUAAAGUGAGGAAAUUUUAA